UAGAACAUUAUCUUAGUUUCCGAGUGAAUUUCGUUCUGUUACUUAGUUUAUUUCGGAAAACAUUUAAUUUUCCUUCGUAAGUGUAUGAUUUGAUGCACGUGUGUGGAAAUGUCGCAACGCAAUACUCGCAGUGUCAGUACUAGCUUUGAAGUGUACCGUGACGUGAAUUCCAGCAGUAGUGGCUCCUCUACAUCGUCCAGCAGUUCAUCUAAAAGCUCAGAUACACCACUCUGGAGGUUUAACCGGUUGCUUCGCACGUCGGUGGCAUGGCACUGGGGCUUCUUCCGGAGGAAUCAGCUGAGUUUGAAGAGUCGCGGCAGAUCUGUAUCAGAUGCGGGCCUUUGUACGAUUGCAGAUAAUGAUUUGUACUUCCUGGAUAUUCCUGUAUCACCACGACGCUCCUUACAAGUUUUUAACAGCGCCUCAGCUGGAGCCAUACCAGAGCUUUCUAAAACGUCGGUUGGAGGGAGCAGUGCGGUUGGGCUCGAGGAGGCCAGCGACGGCAGUGACGCCGAACGUUCCAGGCGACACCUGCGGGUACCCACACCUACCUACUUGAGCCAGUAA